AUGGACAGUGGAACAUAUGAAGAACUGUUGAAGUUAGUAGAGCCACAAAUCCGAAGACAGGACACACUAAUGCGUGACGCAAUAAGCGCGAACGAACGCCUUUCAGCGACUUUGCGUUUCUUGGCUAGUGGUCAAAGCUAUGAAGACCGGAAAUUCUUAACAGGAAUUUCUACCCAGAGCCUUAAAAUGCUAAAGCCUAUUCUGAUCCUGGGAAUGAAGGUCACAAAUGACGAUCUUGUGUUGGAGUUACUCGUCAGGGGAGUGCUCAUGCCUGGAAAUGAAGAAGAGUGGAAGGAAGUUGCAAAUGGUUUUGAAAUGCAAUGGAAUUUUGUGAACUGCAUUGGAGCUAUUGACGGAUAGCAUGUCCAUACGGUCGACAGUUAUUUGCGAGCUCUGAAGAAAACCUUCAGCAUUGUACUCAUGGCGAUAGUAAAUGCACAGUAUGAGUUCAUUUGUGUUGAAGUUGGAGCAAUUGGCAGGGCAUCAGAUGCUGGAGUAUUUCUCCAAUCGGAAUAUAAAAUGCGCUACGAUGAUCAAUCACUGUUCAUUCCGAAGCCUCGCCAAAUUGAAAAUUUAUCAUAUGAACUGCCGUAUGUGUUAGUAGGGGACGACGCCUUUCCUUUGUCAAAAAAUUUGAUGAAGCCAUACAGUCGUCAGAAACUGGAAAAGGAGCAUCUAGGCGUAUAGUGGAAAAUGCAUUUGGCAUAAUAGUUAACUAAAUACUAUUGCUUUAGAUCCGGAAAAGGCUUCUGUUAUUGUUUUUUGUUGCUGCUAUUUGGACAACUUUUUAUCGAAGAAGAACGGCGCAGUAUUAUUGAGAGGUGCAGCAGAUUCCGCAAAUUCAACUGGAGGAACACCUCCCAACCAUCAAAUGGACGAUUUGGAAUCAUUGAAAGGUGGCAAUUAUCCUGAA